AUGCCCAAGGUCCUGCAUGCGCUGCGCCGGAUGCUCGCCGCCCCCCGUUUCCUCGCCCACGAGCCCGUGCGUGUGUACGCGGUCGCGCUGCGGUACGGGCUGGAGGACCUCGCGCGGGAGGCGGCGGCGCACGCGCUCAGGUUUCCUGUGGAUUGGCCGAACUACGAGGAGUUCAAGGAUGUGUCGGAGUAUGAUUAUCAUAUGCUCCUGAGUUUGCACCGGGAGCGCGCGCGCGGGGCGGUGGCGUGUCUUGCCCAUCCGAGCGUGCUUACCAGCCUGGGUACUUGCUAA